AUGGCUGACCCUAGGCAAACAGCGCAUGACGUGCUCCAGGAUGCCCUCGCUUUCGGAUCGGUGCAAGAUUCUGCGGAAAUGGUACGCGCUCGAAAUCCCGGUGAUGUUGUAGAUUACGACGGCGACGACGACGGCGACGAGGCCUGGCGCCUCUGGGAUAGGCCUGCUCCGACUUCCUCUCCUGAAGCUAACCUGACUUCUUCGGAAGAUUUGCGAGUCUCAGAUGAGGAGGAUUACGAUGGCGAGGCCGCAUGGGCCCAACACCAACUCUAUUUCGCCCAGCAGGCUCGUCUCAUCGGCUUCAAUAACGGUGCCUCUGGCAACAAUGAUGACGUUCCCAUGUUCUCUGCUGACUGCUUCGCAGUGGACGGUGGCGCCGAUGCUGUUGUUGGUGUCCAUGAGGGUAAUGAAGAAGAAGGUGAGGAUGCCCCACAAGUCACACCCUGGCGCGGGAGUCCGCCUCCACCACCACGCCGAUAUCGUAAGUCAGUGAUACCCGCCCGUCAGUCCCUGCUUAUCUUUGCUUUACAAAACUCGCGCAAACAGCGCGAGAAGAUGCACCUCAAGCACAGAAACGACAAGCGCGCCGAAGCUGCUAAACUCAAGCUGCAAACACUGUUGGAGGACCGAGUCCUGGGGCCGCAUCGGACUACCUCAAUGGGCCUGGCUCUGCAAAAGGGCGAGAACAAUCGAGUGCACGGUAGUGGCGAUCGCGACUGCGUGAUGAAGGACACGUAUGACUAUCGAGCGCUUGCGGUCGCUCAGGCGCGCCGGGAGCGGUCGAAAAUGGAAGAGGCUCUUUCAGAGAUGGGCGAAGGAGUGUAUGAGUUGUGA